AUGUAUCGAAUGAAUAAAGUAGCAUCCACUUUUGAGAAUAAUUCUGGAGAAUUUCGAAACAAUUUGUUGCCGUCUUUGGCAGCACUAAAUCCUCCCUCGCCACCAAUUAUCUUGGUUGGCAAUAAGAUAGACUUACUUGAUAUAUGUGAGGUGGAUCGAGGGCUUGCGGAAUCCCUUGCAAAGCAAUGGCAUUGUCCUGUGGUGGAGACUUCUGCGCUCACCGGAAAAAAUGUGCAUGAAGCCUUCUUAAAGCUUGUGCAGCAGACUAUUAGUAAAAUUGAGUAUAGCGAUAUUUAA